UGAGUGUGUGUGUGUGUGUGUGAUUGUGUAUUUGGUCCUAAAUAAAACAAAGCCUUAAGAAAUCCAAUCAUCAUUCGUAAAACUCAUCAAGUCACAAACAUGUGUUCUAGACUUACACACAUUUUACUGACCCUAUGUCUAGUACUAAACCUAGUCAGAGCUGCCCAAGUGACGGACGUGUGCCCUCCAGAUCUGGCCAGAGAUCAAUACCUCCAAGUGAGAAACAACGUCUGCUACCAGUUCGUGUUGUACAGGAAACUGACCCACUCGGGAGCUAAAGCCGAGUGCGAGAGACAUGGGGGCAGCUUGGUGCUGAUCAAAGACCAGGACACUCAGAACUAUCUUUACGACCAAGUGCGAAACACUUACGACCACCAUCACGAUCUUGUGUGGAUCGGGCUUAACGACAUAGUCAAUGAAGACAACUUCGUCUGGGACGACGGUACCAGGCCUGGUUACGCACAUUGGGCUGAACAUGAGGGUCCUGGUGCAGGCGGGGAUCACGACUCUCACGACUGCGCGGUCAUCGAUAUGUCCAACGCCGGCCAAUGGAGAGUUUUAUUCUGCGAGAAAGGAACCUUCCUUUUCGUCUUCCCAACUGACGAGACCCACUACUUCAUUUGUCAGUUUCCGGUUCGCCAGGUUACUAAUCAUGUGGUCAUCCAGAUUGGUGACCAGACCACCACCCAUGCCCCACUCAUCCCAGUGAGCUCAAUCACUCACCCAUGUCCAAUUCUCGUCUGCAACUUGGACUGCGGUGUAAACGGCUUUGAAACUGACCCGUUAACAGGCUGUGUCAUUUGUAAAUGCAAGUAAAAAGAUAAAUUGGAAUUACGAAACAAACUUUGCCUCAAACUCUAGACACGAUAUUUUCAUUCCUGAAUGUUACUGUCUGUAUCACUCUCUCCUGUUUCCGCAGAAAUUAUGAAUAACUUAUUUUUCUAUAUAUAAAACUCUCUUUUAAAGUAAUUGGUGUAUAAAACGUUCUUAAAUUACAGAGGCCCACUUAAGAUUGAUUCAAAAGUUUUCAUUAAUUUAUAAAAAAAAAAAAAUGUCGUUGAAGUUUAUAUCUCACGAUUCAAACAGCAAUCUAUUGAAACUUGGAAAUAUGAAAUAUAAACUAGCUUUUAAAAAAAUCCUUAUCUAAAGAGGAAGAACUCCGCCCUUAAAACUAUUUCUAUCAAUAAUGCACAAGUUAUUUCCCUUAUUCGAUAUCAAACAAAAAAAUUAAUUACCAAAAAUAAAUUGACUUGUAUUUAUUCGUGUUUUGUUAGGUACAAAAAUUAAUUGUUUAAAGUUACAACUUGAUCUGAGAAUGCAUGAGGAAGAAAUAACGAUAACAAUUGUUUAAGGGGACUAAACCCAACCAAACAAAUUUAGCCAUACCAGUGAAUACUGAAGGAUUAGUUUCCAUUUUUUGGUAUCAAACAAAAUAAUUAAUUACCAGUAACAAUUGACUAAUUGGUUACUUUUUUAUUGAUUCAUGUCUUAUCUACGUCAAUGAAUAAUUAUGCGAAGUUUUAACUUGAUAUAAGAGAACGGUUGUGGGAGACAUCACGUGGACACACUUUUGACAAGGACAGACAGAGGGAGCUAUAUAAGCUUUGUCAAAAGGGGAAAAAAAAAGAAGAAGCCAUAUGUAACUUGUAAGAGUUCGUCCUGUUAACAAGAAAAAUAAACAAAAAUUAUUUUCAAUAAAUUAAAGUUAUCUAAGAGAAUAACUCCACAUUUACAGCCAAAGCUCUCAAUACUGAAAAAUUUAUUUUCCUUUUCUAUAUCAAACAAAAUAAUUAAUUUCCACUAAUUUAAUUAUUAAUAUGUUAAUAAUUUUUUUAUGGAUCCAUGAACAAUUUUGUAAAGUUUUAACUUGAUCCGAGAAUCGAAAAAGGGAGACAUAAUGUGUAUCAUGGGCGUAGCCAGGGGGGGGGGGUUCUUGGGGUUCAAACCCCCCCCCGAAAUGAAAUCCCCCCCAGGGAGGGGAACGAAAUUAAGUGACUGAUUUUUGCUUUCAUUUUGUUUAUUUUAGGUGAGAUUUUAAUACUAAAUCAUCACUUACCACAGCACAGCCAAGUGGUUUUGAGUUAAAAACCCCUACCAGGGGGUUUUGAGAUUUUUAAAAACCCUAUCAGUGGGUUUUGAGAUACAAAUCCCUCUACCAGGGGGGUUUUGAGUUUAAAACCCCCUACCAGGGGUUUUGAGUUUUAAACCCCCUACCAGAGGUUUUUGCAGUUAACUCCCCCUCUUCUAUAAAACAAAACAAAAAAAAUGCAAACAGCAAUCCCCAAAUUCCAACAGCACAAUUAAGGAAGAUUUUGAUUUUAAAACCCCCUCCAAAAUUUACGAUAAACCCCUCUUCAAUAUAAAAAGCAAAUUACACAUUCAAAAUUUUAUGAGCGUAGCCAAAGGGGUUUUGAGUUUAACCCCCCCCCCCUCCAGUUAGGGUUUGAAGCUAAAAAGUACCUCUUCAAUAUAAAAAAAAAAGCAAAUUACACACUAUAAAAUCUAUGAGCGUAGUCAAAGGGGUUUUGAGUUUAAAUUCCCCUCCUCCAGAUGGCUUUUUCUUUAAAGUUAAAAACCCCUCCAGAUGGUUUUGAGUUUAAAAUUCCCCUACAGAGCGUUUAGAGUUGAAAACCUCUCUCUUCAAUAUUAUUUUAAAGCAAACUACAGUCACCAAAUUCUAUGAUCGUAGCUAAAUGGGGUUUUGAAUUUAAAAAAAAAAAACAAAAAAAAAACUCCAGAGAUUUUUUAGUUUAACCCCUCAACAGAUGAUUUGACGAAAAAACUUUCCUUUUCGAUAUAAAAUCUAAAGCGAAAUACAGGCAUGUAAUUCCAAAAGCGUAGUCAAGAAAGGUUACAAAUUUCUACCAGUGGCUUGGGCUCCAUAAAUAAAGUGUGAAUAGUCUUCUGCCGAAAUUGAAAAACAUUAAAUGUGGCUCAACAAAGAUGGCUAAGACAGAUUUUAGGAGUCAGUCAUAGAGAUCGGGUCUAAAUCAAAGAAAUCAUAGGCCGAACUGGGAGUCGAAUCCUUAGUAAGGUUGUGACAGAGCGUCGCAUGAGGUUUUGCGGGACAUGUUCUCCGACAAAAUGAAUUACGCAAAAUAAGAGUUGCGGAAACAGCUUUCCGGAAAAUGCGCCGAACGGCGCGAGAGGGUCUAAGUCAGUAAGAAUAGCACAUUAGCUUUUUGAAAUAAAACUUUUUUAAUAGCAAGAUAAUGCACUGUAGAUACCUCAGAAUAUGCAUUUUGUUGGCUUUCAAUACCAGAAAUAGUGCUUCGCCCCGCGCUGGGGGAGCGCUGCGAGCUCCCCCAGACCUCCUUGCUAGCAAGGGCGGGGAGUCUACAAUAAACAAUAAACGUCUUCCGAAAGGGUCAGAAUGUAAUAAAGAUUAAUUAUGUACACACACACACAUAUAAUUGUUUUCCUCGGGUGGGGUGGGGGGGAUCCCCCCCAAAACCCCUCCCGAAAAAAAAUCCUGGCUACGCCCAUGAUGUGUAUUAUACCAGACCGACAGAGAAGGUUGAUAUAAGCUUUGUGUUCUUCUGAAAUAUUUUUUUUUGUUAUGUAUCAUCUUGUCGAUUUCUACCUGCGUGAGUUGUGCCUAGAAAUGUUGUUCUUGACAUCUCUAAGGAUAUUUUUAAUCUUUUUCAACUAUUGUACUUGAUAACGUUGCCUUUCAUGAUUAGUGUUGUUCAAAUGUCAUCACACAUGGACUGCAGCUACUGCUUGUUGUAUUUCUUCGCUCAUCGUUCAUGUCAACACGAUUGCAAUACUUGAAUUUGUCUAAUUAACUUCUUAAAAACAAACAUAUUUUAAAUAAAAAUAAACUCGUUAAGAUCAA